UUUCUGCUAUCAGCCGUCCGCGCACUUCACUCCGUUCACGUCCCUCCUCCUCCUCCUCCUCCUCCUCCUCCUCCUCCCCCUCCUCCUCACACUACUAUUGUGCACUUCGCUCACUUUUACCGCGUUCCUCAGUAUCUGCUUGUCACUGUCUCACAGCUCUCCUUUUCACUCUGUUAGGUGAAAAUUAUUGAUCCGCGUUCAGCCCUUGGUGUGGUCCGCCAAAUAGACGCACACACUGGCGAGAUAUCGGAUAUGUCAGUGAUGAACAAUGGCUACACCCUGGUCACCUGUGGCUGGUCCCGGAUGGCUGACUCUUCCCUCCGUAUGGACCGUCUUGCAAACGUAAGUCCCCCCUCUCCUGCGGCGGGAUCCUUUUUGACCUGACGUUUGGACUGUAUUCCCCUUAUUGAUAUAAUUUCCCAAUCAUCUCUUAUCAUUUGCCCUUCUUAUGCCCUCCUUUCCUGGUGAUUUUAAGUGUAGUUGUGUAGUAUGGCUCAACUCCGCCUCUGGUCUUCUUGACUCUGUAUUGGUACCUGGCUCAGGUGGGCGUGAGGGAGGAGAGAAUGCGGUGGGUGCCGCGCAAGUCUACUGUCACAAUAAAAUAAUCCACGAACAGGUCACCGUCUCUGCGCCCGCCACGCUAGGGAACGCACUUUGGACGUCGUCGUUCGUGACUGUCGAACUGUCAGUUUGUGUUACCUGCAUGUCAACGACAUAAUGAACACAAGCUCAUAUACCGUCGCUACCUGUUUUUUCCUACUGCUACUACUACUACUACUACUACUACUGCUACUACUACUACUACUACUGCUACUACUACUUCUACUACUACUACUACUACUACUACUACUGCUACUACUACUACUACUUCUACUACUACUACUACUACUACUACUACUACUACUACUACUACUACUACUACUACUACUACCAUUACUGCUGCCACUACCACGUCUACUAUUAUUACUACUUGUACCCUUACUUGAUAUGUCUAUGUUUUUGUCUGAUCUAGCCGGCCUCGAUGAUGUUGUGGAUUCUAACUCUCCGUGCGUUAUGAUCUGUGGCAGCGGAUCUGAGAAACAUAACCCACGCUCGUGUCCAGCGAUAAACACAGAAUAAUUAAAUUAGUAUCACCACGACGUGGGGGUAUUGUUGAGUAAGGGCGCACUCAACCCGACACACAGUUCAGUCCAGCACUUAAGGGGACACCCCUUGAUUGAGGUGUAACGUGGAACUGUGCUUCUGGAGCAUUAGUUUCCAGCGAUUGUUUGCUACCAUUGACCGAGCUGGUCAGCUGGUAUCAGAAGUCCUCGUGACCGACUGCCACUAAGAGCUUGUUCUCAGAGAACAAACAUUUUGCGUGUCCUGAUCAGCAACCAACUAAGCAAUUUCUGACUAUGCAGUCCGGAAUGUUAAGUUCCUGAACGUCAGUAGGGUGUGUGUAUCGGUAUUAACCCACUUCAUUUGUAGUCUGACUAUCCUUUGCCCCUGCGACCCCUGUGCAUGCUCUCCUCGCGUGUAGGUGUAUGACCUACGCAUCGGACGAACGCAGGCAGGCAUGUCUUCU